GGCUUCAUUCCGUGGACAUUUUUCCGCUGUGGGAACGCCGUGAGCGCCAAGUAACGCGGUGCUGCUGCGAUUUCACCGGUCGAAGAUUGAAUCGGAUUGCGCGCUCGGAGGCUGGCUCGCUCGCGAUGGUUAAGGAAUUAUGGACUUACGGAAUCGUACUGACCUCCGACAGUGGAGAAGCGUCACCAUCACCACGGCGCCGAUGCCAGCCGACACUAGGGACACUAUCACUAGGGUGAACGCUGAGGGAACACCGACCACCGCGACCGUCGAGUCGAGAGUCAAUAAACGUCGUGGAAGGGGCCGAGAGUUCGAAGCUGGGGAACGUCUCAACUCGCGGCACCCAAUUAGCGCCCUAAAAGGUAUCCCGGAAUGGACGAGGCGCAGGAGGCACCGGCGAAGAACGACACCGAUGUUGAGACCGAUUCUUGCGACGAUGACGACAAAAUUCCGAUCACGACCACCACGAAGAACGCGUUGAUAACGACCCAGCUGGGCCACUGCGACGUCUAUCCGCAUCGCGUCAAAGUCUCGAUCGUGGGCAUAGGAAAAGUCGGAGUUGCCUGCGCCAUCGCGAUCCUGAUGAGAAGGUUGGCGAGCGAGGUCUGCCUGAUCGACCACGACGCGAACAAGGCUUCCGCCGAGGCCGAAGACAUUCAGCACGUAGGCGUUUUUUUGGGAAGCCCCCUAGUAACUGGCACGUCAGAGAUUAGCAUGAUGAAGGAAUCAGCAGUGGUGAUCAUUAGCGCGUGCGAAAUAGCGCCUGGCGAGACCCCAAACGUGAAGCACAAUUACAAAAUAUUCAAGACGCUCAUACCGAGCAUAGCUAGGUUCGCGUGCAAAUCAGUUCUACUUGUUGUGACUCAGCCGACCGACGUGAUGUCCUACAUCACUUGGAAACUGUCAGGAUUUCCUUCGAAUCGCGUUCUUGGAACAGGCACCAUGCUCGAUUGCGCCAGGUUCCAGGAUUUGGUUAGCAGGAGACUCAACAUGGCGCGAAGCUCUGUCAACUGCAUGACUAUUGGCGCUCAAGGAGACAUGUCUGUUCCCAUAUGGUCGAGUAUUCACGUAGGGGGCAUGAAGCUCCGCGACAUAAAUCCCAGGAUAGGCGAGCAGGACGACCCUGAAAAGUGGCACGAAAUCACCGAGGCUGUGAAGAACAGUGACCGGGAGCUCGACGAAAAGAAGGGACUGAAUUGUUGGGGCCACGCUCUUUGUACGUCGGAAAUCGUCGAUGCCAUUGUCAGGAAUACUAAAGUCGUGCUUCCAGCGUCGACACACAUACACAGUUGCGCCCACGGGACGGACAAGGACGUGUACAUGUCGGUGCCCUGCGUGAUCGGCAGGGAGGGUGUGUACUGCACUGUUAGACAGAAGCUAACCGACCAGGAGAAGGCAGCCGUGCAGGCCUGCGCCGACAGUAUUCGAGUCGUCCUGCGCGAGUGCGGCGUUCUGCAGGAGUCGAAAAACGAGCUCGAGGAGUGAAGAACGCGGCGGACGAGCGGCAACGUCGGCGAGAACUGUACAGGGCGUCUCCGCUACCGGAAAUUGCGGUCCCAGGACUGAGGAUAGAGCGAGAGGAAUCAGCGUUUUAGAAGGCGUCUUCAUCAAUAACGCCGGCGCACCUGGCGACCGGUUCUCUCUGUACGCGUAUUUGAUCGGCGUAAUAAAUGACAGUACCCCGGUAUCGACUUCCUAGUAAACUAUCGCGUUCCACGCGACUUGUCAAUGACUGGUUGUCCGUCUCGUGUCGUAUUAUGCGC